UGCACAAAGAUGGACCGUACUGCUUUUGCAGUCCUGUCUUUAUUUUUUGUCUUUCUCAGCUCGACUUGCUUUGCUACAGGUGAAUCAGAUUCUCUCUCCUGCUCUGAAUACCAAGAGAGUUUUGAUGGCUCCUGCUAUGAAUUUGUGGGUCUGCAGCGUCCUUUCCUCGGUGCGCAGAAAUGGUGUGAGAGAGGGGGAGGACAUCUCGUCUUCAUCUUGAACGAUAAGACUCAGAAGUUCCUUCAGAAGCACCUCGAUCCAAAGAAGGACUGGUGGAUCGGACUGGCGCCCGCUGCGCCAAACCUCACUCUGGACACUGCUGCCACACAAGUUUCUCUGGCAUGGCUUAAUGGCUCAGAUGUCAGCUACGCUAAUUGGAAGAAAGAGCCUGAUGCACAAGCAACCUGCGGACAUAUCCUCAAAAAGUCAGGCUACAAGUGGGAAGCGGCAGAGAAUUGCACUCGAGAGCUUAGCUUCAUCUGCCAGUUUGAGUACGGGAGAUCUUUUGCAUGUGAUGGCCAAAACGCCACAUUGCAGUGCGGCUCUGGGCAAGUUAUAGAAAUAAAAGAAAGCUUCUAUGGUCGAAAAACAAUUCAUUACUGCCGAACCAAACUCGCCACCACACCCUCAGCUCCUCUGGAGGAGUGCACUUGGACAGAUGUUGCAGACGCUGUGAAAGGCAGUUGCCAUGGACUGCAGGCCUGCCAAGCUCCAGCAGACGCCAAAUCUUACGGCGAUCCCUGUCCACUCUUAGGAAGUUACUUGUCUGUGGAAUACCGCUGCAACGAGGGACUCCACUUACUGAUGAGUAAGUUGGCAGCGGUGUUUGAUAAUGUCACUAUCAAUAUCAAGUGGCUCCUGCAAGCAUAUGAGGGGAACCUUACAUGCUCUCUGAAUGCUGGAGAUGGCUACACUAUUGAUCCCAUCACCCCAGAAGAAAAGGAAAGCACGGUGAUGCACACAUUCAAAACCCCUGGACUUUUCGUGGUCACGGUGGAGUGUUCCAGCAGCGACUGGCAUGUGUCAGCUCAAAAAUCCAUAAGCAUUCAGGAGCCAGUGGGUGCGUUUGGAGAUAUCAAGUGCUAUAGCACCAACAUGUCAGAGGGUGGCACUAACUGCAGCCUGCUCUACAGCGGAGGGCCUAUUGAUGUUUCCGUCACAGUGGAGACAGGUACAAAUGUUAGUUACAUCCUUCAGUAUAAGGAGCUUUUACUCGCAAACUCCUCGGCUGACCGAGGGACCGCAGGCCACAACAUAACAUUGAAAGCGAGUGCGGUGGAGCAGCUUGGACGUGGCUGUAACAACCUGACUUUAAGCGCUUCCAACAACGUCACCAGCCAAACAAUGUCCACCCAGUUUGAGCUGUGUCUGCUGGAGCCCGUGGAGGGGCUGCAGGGAUCAGUGAUAUCGGAGAAUGGCCAAUGUCCCAACUCCAGUGACCUCAUUAUUGGGGUCUCGCUGGAACGCGGAGCUCCUGUGCAGCUUCUCUUUACACUGACUACCAAUGAGGUCACUCACUCUGAGAGCAGAGACAUACUCAAUGGAAGCUUACAAACAUACACCUUUGGCAAGCCACUUGAAGGAUCAUUUCAAUUGAACGUGCAAGCUGUAAAUGCUUUCUCGAGCUCUGAUAUUAACGUGAGCCUGGAAAGCAUAAUGCUGGCAUGCAAAAAGUACUCUGACUCUCAAAACAAGACUACUGGCGAGUCUUAUGAUUUGAAAGUAAUUUCCACUCCAGAAUCUGUUGUUGACUACACUCAGAAUAUCACCCUCAGCGUUAAUGGAAGUGUGUCAUUGCCCAGCAAAGGACUUGACUUUAAGUGGAAAUGUAGAGGGGAUUGCAAGUGCAGCGACCAAACAAAUAACACAACUCAUGUGAUUGACAAACGGUGCCUUCCAAAUCCAUUUGAGAUGUCUGUCUAUACUGUAACUGUGAAGAAAACAGCCUGGUUUAGAGAAUGGGCCCAACUAGCUUCGGCUUUCAAGUGCAUCUCUGUUGUUCCAGCUGAAUUUAAAAAUGUCUCCAUUAGUUGUGAUAAUUGCACUUCCAUUAAUGUGAACAACCCUGUAAAGCUGAGACUUAGUUGUGUGGCAACUUGCCCAGACGUGGACUGGUACACAGAGGAUCCAAAACCACUGAUGGAUGAUCUUGAAACCUGUUAUUCACACGAAGGAAGAAGGCCGCUGACGAAAAAGCAAGAAGGCAACUUGGAGUUUCUUGUAAACAACCAACAGCUCAAGUAUUCGAGGGACAACUUACUUAACAUUACUGUGAUUGCUCAAGGAAAAUCGGAGCAAGGUUAUGCCAGGUACACCCUACCCAUACCGGAUCCAGAACCAGAACCAACUCAAGCCCCUACAGACCCAACAUGCAGCAUCGUUCCACUCUCAGGCACUGUGCUUGACUCGUUCGAUAUCACCUGCCAAGCUAGUUCUUUCUGUUCUUCGGGUUGCCUUUAUUGCUUCAAGACAGACACAGGCAAACAUCUGCGUUGCAGUAAUAAAGAAUUUGUGAAAUCUAUCUUAUUGCCUGCUGGAGACGAAAAGAACAAUUACAAUUUGUCUAUUGUGGUGACUGUGAAAAAUGAAUCCACGGAAGUUACCACGGUUGUCCACGCUCAGGUUCGGGAGAACAACUCCAGUGCUUCCGUGGACACUCUCCAGUCAGUUCUAGAAGAUACCGUCUCCCAGUUGGAGCAAGAUGGUCUUCUCUCUGGUGAGGCCCUUGGCCAAAUCGUCACCUCCGUAGCUGACAUGCUCAAUACCGAGGCUGAUGAAGAUCAGAAGGACGCAAGGACAAAGCUCAGAGAGCAGAUGCUGACCAAAAUGACGACAGUUCUGCUGGACUCCCCGUCAAGCACUAAUCAUGAGGUGCAGGUGACAGCCAGAGCCGUAGCCGGACUCACACAGCGUUCAGAUGAGCUGAGUCCAGCUGCCCAGGAAGAAGCAAGUUCACUCUUGGUUGACCUAAGCUCUUCCCUCAACAUUAUCAGCGUUAAUCAGAAUGGAAGUGCGGAUGAUUUAGAAGUUAUGGAUGGAGCCACACCAAUUGUCCAAGCGGCCAGUAAUAUUUUGAAUGCUUCGUCAAAUGAAAAGGUUUCCCAUUCCCUACUGACUGGGAUGAGCAAUGUACAGAAUGCCUUGUUGAAUCAUAAAAAAUUGAAUGGAGAUCCGAUCAUCAUUGACUCCAAUCAGAUCAGUGUGUAUGUAAACAGAGUGUCUCCAGAAAGUAUGCAGAUGCAAGAUAUAAACAUCCAGAGGAGCAGUGCUUCUAGAUUUUCCUUUCCGACUCUGCCUUCUGAUGUUUUCUCACCAGAUGAGCCUGUGGAUGUCAGAAUGAUGAGUUUCGAAAAGAACCCGUAUUCUUGGAAUGGUGGAAACAUUUCGGGAACGGUGGGAUCCGUGUCUCUCACGACAACCAACGGAACUGUUAUCCCUGUUAAUAAUUUGCCUGAAGAGAUUGAGAUUCUCCUGCCCAGGCCAGACGUUGGGCAGGAGAACAGUACAGUUUUGGACCUGGCCAAUUUCAGCACAUUAAUAAUUGACGUUCCCUCGCCUGAUGUUACGCUGGUGCUGAAGAUGGAGCCCUCUGAAAACAUUACCUUUGUCAUACUUUUGGGGUACAAGAAUUAUCCGACAAAUGACGAUUAUGUGGCCAAAACUCAGAUGCCUCUAGAGAAUGUAAAAGAAGAGGAAAAAUAUACCUGGGUCCUCAGUCCUCAAGACAGAACCGGAGAUGCCGGCGUGCACUUCCUAGUCUUGAAGCCCAAAGUCGAGCCCGGCGUCAAAUCUGUUAAUGCCACAGUCAGAAUUGUAACUAUUGCUGCCCAAUGCAAGUACUGGGAUGAAGAAGAGUCAUCUUGGAGCGAAGACGGUUGCAGGGUUGGCCCACUCACUACACCUUUUCUCACUCAGUGUCUGUGUAAUCACUUGACUUUCUUCGGCAGCUCUUUCUUUGUCAUGCCAAACUUAGUGGACGUGUCACGCACCGCAGAGCUCUUUGCCACUUUCUUUAAUAAUCCCGUGGUUGUGAGUUUUGUGGCGGCCAUUUUCGGUGCUUAUCUUCUGGUGGUCGUAUGGGCGCGUAGAAAAGACAUUCAGGAUACAGCUAAGGUGAAGGUAACAGUGCUUGAAGAUAACGACCCACUGGCAGAAUACUGUUACAUGCUGACAGUUGGCACAGGGCAUCGCCAUGGUGCAUCCACGUCCUCGCAGGUGACCAUAACCCUGCUGGGAACAGAGGGGGAAAGCGAGCCCCACCACCUGACUGAUUUGGAGAAACCUCUGUUCGAAAGGGGUGCAGAGGAUGUAUUUCUCUUGACUACGCACUUUUCACUUGGAGAGCUGCAAAGCAUCAGGCUGUGGCACGACAACUCGGGCACACACCCUGCAUGGUAUGUCAACAAAGUGAUGGUGCAAGAUCUGGAGAGUGGCCAAAAGUGGCACUUUCUCUGUAACUCCUGGCUUGCUGUCGACGUGGGAGAAUGCACCCUCGACAAGGUCUUCCCAGUGGCCACUGAGGAGGAUCUGAAGAGAUUUAGCAAUCUUUUUUUCAUGAAGACAGCCAAGGAUUUCCGCGAUGGACACAUCUGGUUCUCCGUCAUCAGUCGCCCUCCGUGCAGCACCUUCACUCGUGUGCAGCGAGUGUCCUGCUGCUUUUCCUUGCUGCUCUGCACCAUGUUGACUAGCAUCAUGUUUUGGGGCAUCCCCACGGAUCCCUCAGAGCAGACCAUGGACCUUGGUCACAUAGAAUUCACCUGGCAACAGGUCAUGAUCGGUAUUCAAAGUUCCAUCAUCAUGUUUCCUAUCAAUCUCCUCAUUGUGAGCAUCUUCAGAAACACUCGUCCACGGGAAAAAGCUCCCAAAUCGGACAAGACCAAGCAGGGGAAGACGGUUCGAGUAUCUCCCUCGCAGGCGUCUUCCCCUCAGAAAGUGCAGAAGGAGAUCACACCAGACACAGUGCUGAAGGACAUAAAAAGAAUGGCCCAGUCACUGUCAAAGGCCAUGAAGAGUCCCCUGCCUCAUUUGGAGCUCCGGCCUGGUCAACAGACUGAUAUCAACACCCUUUUGUCUCUGGUGGAAGACAUCAUCAGACAGCAAAACCGAACUUCCUCUGACUUUUACACAGACACUGCCAAAAGAGAACGCUCUAUCCUCAGUCUUGGGGCAGUCGAUCUUCAAGAAAAGACUGUUUGGGGCAGUCCGGAGAAGACCUCAGAUGAGGUUCAGAAGAAGAGCAACAACAGCCGGUACCUAUACAGGCAGCUGCGUCACGUUGAAAACAAGCUGGGUUUCCUGGGAUCUUCUCGAUUCCAAAACCCAGACAGCUACAAUAAAGCCAUGCAGCAAGUUCAAGGGAUGAAGAAUCUGCUGGAGUUCCACCUGCCGUCACACAGCCUCGAUGGGGAGCAAUCGGAGCGUAGUCCCAGUCCAGAAGAGAGUGCCAACAAGGGCGAUGGCAAGAAAUGCUGUCAAGGGGGGCUGCCGUGGUGGUUUGUCUUUGUGGGCUGGAUAUUGGUGAUUGCAACCAGCGGUGUGUCUGGAUACUUCACCAUGAUGUACGGGCUGACCUAUGGCAAAGAUCGUUCUAUAAGCUGGCUGAUCUCCAUGGUGGUGUCCUUCUUUGAAAGUUUGUUCAUAACGCAACCUCUUAAGGUUCUUGGCUUUGCUGCUUUCUUCGCUCUUGUUCUGAAGAAGGUGGAUCAGGAAGAAUACGGAGAGCCUCAGCUUGACGAGAGCCUUAAGAAUUCUGAUGAUCCUGAUGGGGUGCGAGCAGCACGGAGAGACAGCACAUGCAGUUUCUACCAGCCGCCGCCUCCAACAGACAUAGAGAAGAUGAGGAACAACAUGAUCAAAGAGCAGAAAGUCUUUGCUCUCAUUAAGGAGAUUCUGGCCUACAUGGGAUUCAUGUGGAUGCUGCUUCUGGUGGCGUAUGGACAGAGGGAUCCCAAUGCUUACUUCCUGACCCAGCACAUUCGCCAGAGCUUUAGCAAAGGCAUCUCAGACACAAUGAGCAUCCAAGAUGUGUACAACUGGGCAAACACAACUCUGAUCAGCAACUUGUUCGGAGAGCAUCCAGGAUUCAUCACAGACGGAAACUCGAAGCUGGUUGGUAAUGCUCGGCUACGCCAACUGAGAGUUCAGAAAAACUCUUGCCGUGUGGCGCGUCGCAUGCAACAUGCAGUGCAUGACUGCCACUCUCUCUACUCAUGGGAGUCUGAAGACAUGGGUUCCUACGGUCCAGGCUGGAACAACUCUCAGGCCGAUAAUACCUCAAUUUACCUCCCUAGUCCCUGGAAGUACCAGUCCCAGGCAAAACUGAGAGCCUACCCCAUCUGGGGAAGCAUGGUACUCUACAGGGGAGGGGGCUUUGUGGUGGAUCUUGGACCCGACUUGCAAAACUCCAGCAGAUCUCUCCAGUAUCUAUACGAAAACCGCUGGUUUGAUGCGCACACCCAAGCGAUCCUUGUUGAGUUCACCGUGUACAACGCUAACGUCAACCUCUUCUGCAUUGUCGCACUCUUGCUCGAGACCACGGCUCUUGGAGCUUUCCAAUUCCGUAGUGAGCUCCAAAAUGUUCGUCUCUACCAAUCGACGGGGGGCCUCCACAUCUUUGUCAUGGCGUCUGAAGCCAUUUACUUCCUCUUCAUUCUGUAUUACAUGUUUGUUCAGGCAAAGCUGAUGAAGCAACAGAAAUGGGCCUAUUUCAAGAGUAAAUUGAAUCUGCUUGAGCUGGCGAUCAUACUUCUCAGUUGGAGCGCUCUGUCCGUUUUCAUCAAGAGAACUCUGCUGGGGAAGCGAGACAUGGAGUACUACCAGAAUCACAAAGACCAAUACGCCAGUUUCCAUCAGACGGCCAAGGCAGAUGCAGUGCUGGGCUAUCUGAUUGCCUUCCUGGUGCUGCUUGCAACAAUCAAACUGUGGCACCUCCUGAGACUCAACCCGAAGCUACACAUGAUCACAGCAACGCUCCAGCGAGCCUGGACUGAUAUCUCCGGCUUCCUGGUGGUCAUGACCAUCAUGUUUCUGGCCUACUCUAUUGCUUCCAACCUCAUGUAUGGGUGGAAGCUGUACUCUUAUCGCACUCUAUUUGAUGCUGCUCAGACUAUGGUCAGCCUGCAACUGGGCAUCUUCAACUAUGAUGAGAUUCUUAAUUACAACCCAAUCCUGGGCGCCUUCCUCAUCGGUUCCUGCAUCGUUUUCAUGACGUUUGUGGUGCUCAACCUCUUCAUCUCUGUCAUCCUUGUGGCGUUCAGUCAAGAACAAAUACACCACAAGCCAUCCGAAGAGGAAGAGAUUGUGGACAUGAUGAUGAUGAAACUUUGCAGUCUGUUCGGAAUCAAAUGCAAGAGUAAGCAAGGGGACGACGGCCGCUCUGAGAAGGCCGGACUUUCAUGUGCUUCAAAUAAUGGAAUUGCCACAAUUUCUUCUGUGUGUGUUGACAAGGACUCUUAUGUUCCACUUUAGUCAGCAUUAUUAUAAGGUCUGCUGUAACGUGUGUGCUUUGCUGCUGUUGAAGAUUUUCAUGGUUUGCUUCAUACUGUGCCACUGUGCAAUGUUGUCUACUCUUGUAAGUGCACUAUUUAUUAACUAUAUUCUUCAGAUGUGUGUAAUGUAAGAAAAGCAAAAAUAGUUCGACAAUAUAGCAAUUGACAUGUAUUGUAUACUUUUUAGAUUCUUUUUUAGAUCACCCUGGGGUGUGAUCAGGACUUAAUUGUGUAGAAUAACAUUCUCAAAGAGUGCAACUUUGUGUUUAAAUCAGUGUGACCUUCCUCUAAACGUUCUUGUGAAUCUGGACACCACUAAAGUUGUCACUUCUUCAGGAGAGUAAAAUAUAUUCACCAAUGAU